AUGAAGCAAUUCACAUCCCUAGCUGCCGUCGCCGGACUUGUUUCUCUAGUCCACGGCCAUGGCUUCAUUAGCAGCCCAACACCUCGUUACCCUGGCUCAGCGUUUGAAGCUGCCUGUGGCCAACAAGCCUACGAUACCGAAACAGCUGAUAUCUACGGAAACGUCCAGGGCAUGCUCCAAGUUGCCGAGAGUCAAAGUGACUACAAUGCUGCCGAGUGCAAUGCUUGGCUGUGCAAGGGCUUCAAGUAUGCCGACAACAAUGUCACUUACUCGUACACGGCGGGUGAGACGGUGGACUUCGAGGUCACAAUCCAGGCUCCGCAUACCGGUGUCGCCAACGUCUCGGUGGUCGAUACUUCUACCAACACUGUCAUCGGUAGCCCGCUGAUCUCAUGGUCUGUCUAUGCUUCCGUCUCGACCGGUGUGGCAGCGAACAACACUGCGUUCAGUGUUACUAUUCCUGAUGACCUGGGUGAUCAGUGCACCACUGGUGGUGACUGUGUGCUGCAGUGGUACUGGUAUGCCGAGUCCAUUGAUCAGACCUACGAGUCCUGUGUCGACUUUACUGUCGAUGGAUCGGGCUCUAGUUCCAGCUCGGGCUCUACUGGCUCUACCUCCAGCGCUUCUACGGAGGCUACUUCCUCGACUGCUACACCUACUUCCACAUCUUCCGCCUCUACUUCGUCCUCGGCUACUCCCACCGAGACACCUACUCCCGCUGAGACAUCCACUUCCGCUGAGACAUCCACUCCCGUCGUGACUCCCACUGAGACUCCCGCGGCGGCUGAGACCACUACUCCAGCCGUAGUUGCUACUUCCGCCCCCGCUGAGACCCCCACUGCCUCUGCGGACGUGAUCCCCAGCACUACUUUUGCUACUCAACUUCGUGCGUCUGGCUCCCUGGCUUCGUCAACUGGUGUUGCUACUUCCGUGUCAAUCCCCACCAAUGCCUCCGCCGAAGAGAAGUUGAACUGGGUGGAGAGUGUAUUUAAGUACCUUGUGGGCAACAACUAA